UUUCAGUUUAAAUUGUCUCAUCUGGACAUUCUUCCCACAAAUCGCAAUGCACCCUUUAAUCUAUGAAGUGCUGCCUUCCCAGGAAGAAAGAUACCCUGUAGAUGCAGAUUGUUAUGCGCCAACCGGAGAGGAUCGCGGUUUAUGUGACCAGAGACUUAGAAACGAGUCACUGGGGCUCUUCCAAGUUGCCGGCGGCGGCGUUAAUUUGAUGUGGUCGAUACGAGACGAUGAAUGUCAAAACUUGCUUCCCCAGCGGCAAUUUAUCACGAGCGAGGAAGUUGAAAGGCAUGGAAUCCAUCAAUACUGGAAAAGAGAUAAAUGGCAGUAUUUGAUGUUCGUUGUCCAACCAACCUUCUCAUGGGGUCACUUAUCUAUCACUGAAGAUGCAUUCCGGAAGAUAUUAGCUAGCUUGCGCAUAUUUACCCCAUUCUUGCAGGUUGUCCAUACCUUUGGACAAAAAACGAAUGACAAGCAGCGCGCAAGAGAUUUAGUAUAUGACCGCCUAUACCCAUCUGCUACCUACGAGUUCUGUUAUAAUAUUCGCUAUUUCGAAUUGAAUGGACGAGGGCGUGGCAAUCCAUGGUCACUUCGACAGACUGGAGUGUAUCAAAAGUGCAUGUCGAAUGAGCGAUCUGUCUGGCUUCUGCUGAAUUAUUCGAAUUACCUCAGUGAUCGCGUAUCGGCUGCGCUUGCGGAAGAGAGCAAUUUGGUCGGCGCGUGUGCAGCCUCACCACUCGUGCCCCAUAUCUUCAUUCUGUCAACAGCAGCAAGGAACUGGGACCAAUACACUGAAAAUCUGGGGCAGAAAGUAAUGCUAUUUGAAGAGAAGGCAUACUCGUCUCGCAUCGAUGAGAAGUACUUAGACGACUACGAGCUUUUAUUCGCAGACGUCCAGAAGAUAGCGUUGCUUGGCGAUACAAUUACCGUAGCAACAACCGUCAUCAAAGGACAGAGAGCUACGCUUUCUAGAUGUAGUAAAUUACAUAUAAAGCUACAUGGGAGAAACCUAAGAAAAUGUAACUGCGAUAUGACAAGCACAUUAAGCAUGCUGAAGGUCGACCUCCAGCACUACCAUGAAGUUCUGUUAGGUUUAGUGCGGACAACCUCGAAAACCACCCAAUUACUCUCCGCAAUACUGGCGACUCGAGCGAACGACAGCUUACGGGCCAUUAUGGCUACAAUUCAGACGGGUAUCGCUGAGCUCCAAUUGCAAUCUAGGAAGACUGGCUUAGACACGGCCAGCUUACUGAAAAUUACCACCCAAGGGCAUAAAGAUGGUUUCAUAAUCAAAGUCCUCACUCAGAUCGCAACUGUGUUUCUUCCGGCAUCUCUUGUAGCUACUCUUUUCAGUUCGACAAUAUUCAGCAAUUCCAGCAAUAACAUUUCAUAUGUUUCUCUCUACUUCACAAUCACUGUCCCGCUCUUGCUAGUCACAAUAUUGCUUCUAUUUUUUCUCGAGAAAGGCCUGUGGCUUCAACGCUUGUUUCGGAACUCUUAG